UUCCUCGAACCCCCCCUUCUCUAUAGCCCCUUCCGUCCAAUCUUCACGGCGGCUGCUUCUCCGCUGUCGCUGAUUCCUCUUUGCUCGUGGUUGUCGCUGCCGUUGUGAUCUUUGCGGUCGCCAUAGAUAAAAAGAACGAAUGGCACAGAAGGCUUCUUCAGCUCAUGGUUUAGAGAAUGUGAAAACGGUGGAGGAAGUCCAAGCUAUGAUUCAAAAGAGUUUCCGACUUCCAAUGGUGAAAUUCUUGAGGCAACGCCUGGCAAAAGCUGGGUGUCCUGUGAGUGACAAUUUUUUCAAGGCUUCUGAGUGCAAAGGCGCGCAUGGCACUGGUGGUUUUGUACCUGGUUCUGGAAUAUUUGUAUGUAGCAACUAUAUGCGAAUUCAAGAUGAGGUCGACCAGGUGGUAAUUCAUGAACUAAUUAAUGCAUUUGAUGACUGUCGUGCUGUCAAUAUAGAUUGGAGUGAUUGUGCUCACCAAGCUUGUAGUGAGAUUCGAGCUGGUCAUCUAUCUGGUGAUUGCCAUUUCAAGCGGGAACUACUUCGUGGCCAUAUGAAAUUAAGAGGGCAUGAACCCGAAUGUAUCAAAAGAAGAGUUUUGAAAUCUCUCUCUUCAAACCCUAAUUGUGCUGGUUCAGCUGCCCAAGAUUCUAUGGAAGCUGUAUGGGAUAUUUGUUACAAUGAUACAAAGCCAUUUGACAGAGCUCCUUGAGAAAUUGCAUGGAUUGCAAGUUUCAACCGUUAAAGCUAAACAAUUUUUGAUGGCAACUCCCUACAAUCAUAAUGGACAAACGGUUAGAAAGAUACCCCUUUUUUUUUUUAUUUGGACUUGUUUGUCUGUGGAGUACUCUUGGAAGUACUGGCCAAAUGGUCUAAUAACUUUCUUUACAUUCUUAAGCAUCGUUUGAAUUUCCUCAAAUUCUGUUAAACUUCUACUUGUUCUUGUUUCUUGUUGUGCGUAAUCACUAAAAGAAAUGGCUUCAUUUGCUCUCAUUGGUACAACUUUGGGAUAGCAGCAGCUAAGCCUUGAAGUCUUC